AUGGAUUUUGGGGUGAUGGGUUUGGAGGGUUUGGUGGGCCCUGAAGGUGGAGCAACAGGAGCAGGUCAUUCUCUGGCCUCAGACCCUGAGACCAAACCAAAGGGUCAUGCUCCAAAUGUUCCUCAUGGAUCUGGCUCUGUCAAGCAGCAAAGAUCUUGGCCUGCUGAAGAUGACUGGAGGACCUCAAAAAUGCCCAAAAAUGAUGACUUGCCUGCUCACAAGACAAUGCCAUUACAAUAUCAGGGCACUCCUCUGCUGAGAUCUAAUUCUCUGCUUCCUGCUGAUACUCACAGACAGGAGCAGAUGCUCAGCUUUUCUAACAACAAAUCAGAAGUCACUUUUCUCAGCAAAGAUGGAAUGUUGGAGAGAAACAUCCAAGGCCCAGACUUUGCCUACUACCAGCGCACCCCAGCUCUCACUCCCUCUGCUUAUACUAGGAAUGCAGCAGCUUAUGGUUCUGGAAGCAUAAAUCCGAGCAUGCAUGGGCCUUUUGCUGGGGUUAGAGGACCAUUUACUCCGUCUCAGUGGAUUGAGCUAGAGCACCAGGCCUUGAUCUACAAGUACAUGACUUCAAAUGUGCCUGUGCCAUCUAAUUUACUGAUACCUCUCAAGAAAUCCCUCUAUCCUUAUGGCUUGUCGGGUUCUACAGGAAAUUUAGCUCCCAACUCAUUAGCGUGGGGCUCUUACCAUCUGGGAUUUUCUGGCAACACUGAUCCCGAACCUGGGAGGUGUCGUCGAACGGAUGGGAAGAAAUGGCGGUGCUCAAGAGAUGCUGUUGCAGACCAGAAGUAUUGUGAAAGGCACAUAAACAGGGGCCGCCAUCGUUCAAGAAAGCCUGUGGAAGGCCAGCCUGGCCAGGCCGCCUCUGGGACCAGUAAUUCAAAGGGGGUGCCCAUGACUUCGUCUACGUCAACGCCGGUGAUGCCAAGCAGCGGCACAUCCAAUAAUGUCGCAACCAUGCAGAACCAGUUCAAAAGUUUGCAGCCUGCUGGUGCUGCCAAUCCUUCAGCAGAUGCCUUUGUCAACAGGAUGCAAGAUCCUCGGGGCCUCUCUGUGAUGUCUGCUUCUACCAUCAAGCCGAAAGCCAGUGAUUCGAGGUUUAACAUGCCGAAACAAGAAAUCCCACUGGAAGAAUCUUCUCAAUCAGAGUUUGGACUUGUUUCUACUGAUUCACUUCUCAACCCUUCACAUAGGAACUCUUACAUUUCUAAAGACUUUGGUGGUUCUUUCCUAGAUUUCAGUGAUCAGGAAGCCCAAGACCAACAUCCGCUUCGGCAGUUCAUUGAUGAUUGGCCUAAGGACCAGUCCAGUCACUCGGUCAGUACUUGGCCUGAUGAAAUAAAAUCAGACUGGACUCAGCUCUCAAUGUCAAUCCCUAUGACAUCCUCGGAGUUCUCAUCGUCCUCUUCCUCACCCACGCAAGAGAAACGUGCACUCUCACCAUUGAGGCUAUCCAGAGAGUUUGAGCCAGCCCAAAUGAAUUUGGGAGUGAGCAAUGAGCAUAGUGAAUCAAGCCAGAAGACAAAUUGGAUACCUAUCCCUUGGGGAAAUUCAAUGGGCGGUCCUUUAGGAGAGGUCCUGACCAACACCACUAGCAGUGGCAAGAUGUGCAAUAACUCAGUAUCGCCGCUUAACCUCUUAAAUGAAGGGUGGGAUGGCAGCCCUCAGUUGGGAUCCUCCCCAACCGGUGUCUUGCAGAAGUCAACUUUUUGUUCGCUUUCAAACAGUAGCUCAGGGAGCAGCCCAAGAGGUGAGAACAAGAAGAAUCUUGAUGGUGCAAGCAUAUAUGAUGAUGUGCUAGGUUCAACCUUUGCAAGUUCCUCAGUUCCAUCCCUGUAA